AUGACUAAACAAGCUGAGGAGACUCAAAAACCAAUCAUCUUUGCCCCCGAGACGUAUCAAUACGAUAAGUUCACUUUGAAUGAAAAGCAACUCACAGACGAUCCUAUUGAUCUUUUCACCAAAUGGUUCAACGAAGCCAAGGAAGACCCAAGGGAAACGUUGCCAGAAGCAAUUACUUUUUCAUCCGCGGAAUUACCUAGUGGGAGGGUGUCGUCCAGGAUUCUUCUUUUUAAGGAACUCGACCAUAGAGGGUUUACCAUUUAUUCCAACUGGGGAACCUCUAGAAAAGCCCAUGAUAUCGCUACCAAUCCGAACGCGGCAAUAGUAUUCUUCUGGAAGGAUCUGCAAAGGCAAGUGAGGGUUGAAGGUAUCACGGAGCAUGUUAACAGGGAAACUUCUGAAAGGUACUUUAAGACAAGACCUCGUGGGUCCAAGAUCGGUGCAUGGGCCUCACGCCAGUCGGAUGUUAUCAAAAACAGAGAAGAACUGGACGAGUUGACCCAGAAAAACACCGAGCGUUUCAAGGACGAUGAAGACAUUCCAUGCCCAGAUUAUUGGGGCGGCUUGAGAAUCGUCCCAUUGGAGAUUGAGUUCUGGCAAGGUAGACCUUCCAGAUUGCAUGAUAGAUUUGUUUACAGAAGAAAAACAGAAAAUGACCCAUGGAAAGUCGUUAGACUGGCUCCAUGA